GCACCGUUCAUGGCAAUGUACGUGAGUCCAUCGCUGCUUAGGCGUGCCAUCUCGAGGUCGAAGGCAUCUAUGCCAUCGAGGACGCCCUUGUCCCACUUCACCGGUGCUGCCUCGCCGUUUUUCCACUGCGUUGAUGCUUUCGGCUCCUCGACGAGGAAGUCUGAUACAUGUGUACUGAGGGCGAGGAAGGUAAACAACAGCGAAACGAUGGCGCGCGGGGCCAGCGAUAAUCUUGUGGACAACAUGCUUGCGUUACAGGGGGCGGAGGGAAUACGGCUGGGCGCUGUGGGCGGCAACGAUGCGAGCGCAGACGUCUGAGGCGAGAGACGCAGGCGGCGAAGAAGGGGAAAGUGAAUGGCGGCGGAAAAUAAGGACAGCGGAUCGGCAAGCGACGACGACGGGAGAAGGUGUGACCAGCGUCACUCGGUAACGCUCCGAGGGAGUUUGGCCCUGUUUGUCCGUGGCGCCGGGCCCUGGGCGUGCCAUACUUGUCCUCAAACACCUCGCCUUGGACACUGCCUAUCUCGCGCACUGCUCACUGAGGCGCAUUCCUGCUCUCUGUGCGCCACCCAGAUGUCCUGCAAUCCCUCUCAGCUCUCUCCUGCGCCUCCAGGAGCCCGGACUCCCGGCAAUUGCCAUCGUAUCUUCGGCGUAAAUGCGCCGUGCUUCGUGGCGAAAUCGGUUCUUCUGUGUUACGGUCGCCUCGCCUCCUGGUCGCUGCAGAACGACAGGACUUUUACGCCCAACAAUCGCCGCCUGAUAGACGUUUGCCGGACCUCUUUUGGGACCGUCUCCUCCGCACCGCUCGCCUCCCUUGCCCACCGCCUCCGACGCUUCAGGAACGCCCCGAUGACCUGUUUGAAUGCGACGUUGCCUUGAUGUCUCCUGGCUUGAUUGCGUUUCGGUAGCGCACGCGAGCGAUGUGGCGCACAGUGGAAGCCAGCCGCGGAAUCCUGCCUUUGACAUCUGAAGCUCGUCGUCUCUCACGACGAUGGGGGGAGAAGAGCUCUCCACAGUUCAAGGACAUGGGAUCCAUACCUUUGACAAGCCAUGUAUGUAGUCUCCCAUCUCUGAUCGAGAUCUUUCUGCGCGUCCCCUAGUUGCUUGGAGAGAUCCUCACCUUGUUUCGCUCUAGU